AACCAGCAUUCCUCACUGUUUUGUUACCAAGAUAUAUUUCUCUCUGGAGUUAGAAAAGUUGGGGAGAAUAUGGCUGCCUCUAAAAUUGUAGUUUCAAUCUUGUUGGCCAUAUUUGCCAUGGCAUUGUUCAAUUUCAUCCCUUGUGUUCAAGCUCAAGACUUGGCCCCUGCUCCUGCCCCUACCAGUGAUGGAACAUCCAUAGAUCAAGGAAUUGCAUACGUGCUGAUGCUGGCGGCUUUAUUCCUUACAUAUCUCAUCCACCCUAUGGACGCUUCUCCCUACAACUUUUUCUAAAUUUAUCUCUUAGUAUUAGUAAAACCUAAAAUUAUGUUUCAUUUUUCUCUUUGGGACAAUGAUUGGUCAUUCUUCAUAUGGAUUCAAUUAUCAAUCCGUUCAUGUUUAUUUUUCCAGGGGUUAUAUAUUUAGUUGCCUUUUUCUCAUUUCCACUUUUCUCAA